UGGAUGCCGGAAACGUCAAUCCUGGCCCGCCCCGUUGCCCUGACAACCGCGCGGCGUCAGGGAAGCCGCGGGGCCGGGCUGCCGCGCAGUGAAAUCUGAAAAAAAUGUCGGAAGAUCUCGUAUCUGGCAAGACCUCAUUGAAAAGUCCAAAAACCUCAGCAAAGAAAUGGAAAGGUGGAAGCAAAGCUAAGAAAUCCUCAAAAGGAAAACAAACACAGCUUGGUAAAAAAGAUGAAGUUGAUCUUUCUAUGGCUGGUAUAGGUCACCCAGAAAUCUUUCCUUUAGUUUUCACUACAAAGACCCAAGAAAUUUUUAAUUGCCGAGUUGAUGAAGAUGUCACAGAAGAAAAUUGUUUCAAACUUAUUAAAAAAGAGGACAUCAUUCAGGACCUGAAAACAAGAGCUGCAAUUUCUGAUUUCCAUCCUGUCAAAAAAGUUGUCCUAGAAUAUCCAGGGGAAGAACUUUUAGUAGUUUUUGAUGCAAAGUUCCAGUAUGGACAGAACUUUUACUUUGUUGCUUCUGAGGAAGCUAAGGAAAACCUUCUGAAGUCUGCAGAAACUGCAGAAGAAAAAGAAGACAAAAAAGAAGAAGAAAAUAGAGAGGAAACUCUGGAAGUCCAUCCUUAUAAGCCUCCUGUCCCCAAACCUUGGGUUUCUCUUGGCAGUGAAAAGGAAGUUGAAGAAGAAUCUGUUAAAGACACUGAUACAAAGAUUAGAUAUGUGAUUUCUCGAGUACGUAGGAAGUUUGGUGCACCAAUUACAUUUACUGAUAAGAAUGCUUCACAUGUAAAAGAUGGUUACAUUGAAUGCACCUCCUAUGAAGACAAAACUUUCAGCAUUAAAAAGCUUGAAAAAGAUGUAGGCAUACAAAUGGUUCCUAAAGUAAGAGAAGCUAGUACUCAGACAAAAUGGACCUAUCCAAAAAAUGCAGCCACGCAGUAUUUUCCUAGACAGUUGUCAAAUGAAGAGAAAGAAGAGAGUCUGUCAUCAGAGAAGCUGAAAGAAUUUCUUACAUCAGUACAUUUAAGGAUGGAAAUUGCAUUGCAACAAAAUGAAAUUAUGAAUGCUUUUUUUGAUGACUGGAAGGCCCUAGCAGAUGAAAGCUAUUCUGGUGGCAAGCCAGAUGUUUAUCUUAAAGCAUACCAAUCAUUCACAGAUCUGCACUAUCUCAAGGACAGAACUAUUAGCUGCAUUUGCUGGCAUCCAACCAUUUAUGGGAUUAUAGCAGUAUCAGCAAAAAGGCAGCUUUCUUCUGAAGAACAAGUUAACCUUUCUGAUAAAUCAUUGCUGCAGCAGCCAGUAAUACUUUUUUGGAGCUUCUUUGACCCUAUCCAUCCUCAGUUAAUAUUGGAGUGUUCUGAAGACAUUUACUGCUUUCAGUUCAGUCCAAGUGAUACAAACAUCGUUGCUGGGGGCUGCAUCAACGGACAGGUUGUACUGUGGGAUAUUUCUCAAUAUGAAGAAAAGCUGCAAAAUGCAAAAACUGUUGCUGAUGGAAUCAAGCCCUCUCUUAUGCAAGUCGAGCAGAAUAGCACAGAGCCACCUCUAGUGAGACACUGUGCAGUCUCUACCAUAGAGUAUAGUCAUAAAAAACCAGUAACAGAUAUAUACUGGCUGCCAGAUUUUUUAAAGGACAACCGAAUGGGUGCUACUUUUGAAAAUAGAGCUGAAAUUUGCAUGCAGCUUGUGACCUGCUCCCCUGAUUGCUCAGUAUUAUUUUGGGCUAUUCCAGCCACCAAACUUCUUGAACAACCUUCAUAUGAGAAAGUAAGAGAGGAGGAAAUGUUUGAUAUGCGCCCUGAUGUUUCAGAUACUUCUAAGCAUCUAGAUCUUUCCUGGAAACCUCUCAUAAAGAUAAACCUGUAUGAAAGUGAUCCCAAUGCAGAGCAUGGUCCCGUCAGAAUUAGUUUAAGGGAACUGCACCAUCAUUACAGAACCUCAGAGAAGGUGCAAUCUCUGAACACCCUAGAAGUACCCACCAAAGACAGCCGAUAUACAGAGAUGAGUAUUUCAAGCAAAAAUCUGAAACUGCUAGAGAAGAUGUCCACCAAUGUUUUUCACGGAACUGAAGAUGGAGAAAUUGUUUAUUCUAACUGGAAAAUGGAAAUUGAUAGUGACUCAGCGAAACCAGUUAGUCAGAAGCACGUUCAGAAAUACAUCACCCACACUGAAACUAUCAAUGCUCUCCAGAGAUCUCCAUUUUUUAAAGACAUCAUUCUAAGCAUUGGAGGCCGGAAUUUUGCCAUUUGGAAAGAAGGGGUUACAUACAGACCAAUCCUUCAGUCAAGCUGUUCUGCAGGAAGAUACACUGCAGGACAGUGGUCCUUAACAAGACCAGGAGUUUUCUUCAUUGGCAGAGAUGAUGGAAAUAUAGAUAUCUGGGAUUUACUGAAGAAAACUCAUGAGCCAUCUUAUUUCCAGAACAUCUCCAAAUCAAGCAUCACUUUUGUCAGCCCCUGGAUUGCUUCAGCAAAGCAGAAUUUUUUGGCUGUUUCGGAUGAUCUUGGAGUACUGCAUGUUUUGGAGAUCUGUCAAACACAAAGUCACCCUUCAAAGAAUGAGCAUGCCAACGUACUUGAUUAUUUUGAAAGAGAAGUCAAAUACCUGAAGUACAGUGAACAAGAGUUUCAAGAGUAUCAAGAGCUUCAAGACAAAACAGAACUGAAAUGGAGCUGGAGGCACAGAGGGAGAAAACAAGUAUGACUACUCUACAGAAAACUAGAGAAGAAAUGGAGGAGCAAGAAAAUGCAGAGUAUAACUGUGUUUCUAGACCUGGAAAAGCAGAUACUAAUGGAUUUAGGACUAGUAAAGGGGCAAGAAAUACUUUCCUAAUCAGAUACUUAAAGCCCAUUAUCACCUUUAGAACCAGCGAGCUUUUUAUUUUUGAACCUCUUU